CUCCCUCCGCCUCCAGUUUACGAUAUCGUCAACUGUCCCACAUCCCAGACCCUGCUAUUGGUCUCCUCACUCAUCAAUACCAUUCUCGCCGUCAACGAUCGUCUCGCUUGUCCAAAGAUCACACUCUUUCACUCCAGGGCGAUCCCAAACAUCUCCAUAGAGGCAUACCUCUCCAGGAUCCUUCAGUAUGCGCCCUUCCAGAAUGAAGUCCUUCUCAUCAUCCUUCUCUAUUUUGACCGCAUCGGAGGCGGCUGCAAACCUACGCAGCUUAUCAUCAACAGCUUCAACAUCCAUCGUCUUCUCAUCACCAGU